CUCCCUCCCUCCCUUCCUCUUCCUCUCAUUCAUUUCAUACACACUGGCUCACACAUCUACUCUCUCUCUCUUUCUCUCUCAGAAUGACAAUUCUAGGUACAACUUUUGGCAUGGUUUUUUCUUUACUUCAAGUCGUUUCUGGAGAAAGUGGCUAUGCUCAAAAUGGAGACUUGGAAGACGCAGAACUAGAUGACUACUCAUUCUCAUGCUAUAGCCAGUUGGAAGUGAAUGGAUCGCAGCACUCACUGACCUGUGCUUUUGAGGACCCAGAUGUCAACACCACCAAUCUGGAAUUUGAAAUAUGUGGGGCCCUGGUGGAGGUAAAGUGCCUGAAUUUCAGGAAACUACAAGAGAUAUAUUUCAUCGAGACAAAGAAAUUUUUACUGAUUGGAAAGAGCAAUAUAUGUGUGAAGGCUGGAGAAAAGAGUCUAACCUGCAAAAAAAUAGACCUAACCACUAUAGUUAAACCUGAGGUUCCUUUUGACCUGAGUGUCACCUAUCGUGAAGGAGCUAAUGACUUUGUGGUGACAUUUAAUACAUCACACCUGCAAAAGAAGUAUGUAAAAGUUUUAAUGCACGAUGUAGCUUACCGCCAGGAAAAGGAUGAAAACAAAUGGGUGCAUGUGAAUUUAUCCAGCACAAAGCUGACACUCCUGCAGAGAAAGCUCCAACCGGCAGCAAUGUAUGAGAUUAAAGUUCGAUCCAUCCCUGAUCACUAUUUUAAAGGCUUCUGGAGCGAAUGGAGUCCAAGUUACUACUUCAGAACUCCAGAGAUCAAUAAUAGCUCAGGGGAGAUGGAUCCUAUCUUACUAACCAUCAGCAUUUUGAGUUUUUUCUCUGUCGCCCUGUUGGUCAUCUUGGCCUGUGUGUUAUGGAAAAAAAGGAUUAAGCCUAUCGUAUGGCCCAGUCUCCCUGAUCAUAAGAAGACUCUGGAACAUCUUUGUAAGAAACCAAGAAAGAAUUUAAAUGUGAGUUUCAAUCCUGAAAGUUUCCUGGACUGCCAGAUUCAUAGGGUGGAUGACAUUCAAGCUAGAGAUGAAGUGGAAGGUUUUCUGCAAGAUACGUUUCCUCAGCAACUAGAAGAAUCUGAGAAGCAGAGGCUUGGAGGGGAUGUGCAGAGCCCCAACUGCCCAUCUGAAGAUGUAGUCAUCACCCCAGAAAGUUUUGGAAGAGAUUCAUCCCUCACAUGCCUGGCUGGGAAUGUCAGUGCAUGUGAUGCCCCUAUUCUCUCCUCUUCCAGGUCCCUAGACUGCAAGGAGAGUGGCAAUAAUGGGCCUCAUGUGUACCAGGACCUCCUGCUUAGCCUUGGGACUACAAACAGCACCCUGCCCCCUCCAUUUUCUCUCCAAUCCGGAAUCCUGACAUUGAACCCAGUUGCUCAGGGUCAGCCCAUUCUUACUUCCCUGGGAUCAAAUCAAGAAGAAGCAUAUGUCACCAUGUCCAGCUUCUACCAAAACCAGUGAAGCGUAAGAAACCCAGACUGAACUUACCGUGAGCAACAAAGAU